AUGCUACAAUGGCCCAUUCCCAAGAAUAUCACGGAGCUGAGGGGGUUCUUGGGUCUAACAGGAUACUACGGCCAUUUUGUCAGAAACUACGGACAAAUCGCUAGGCCAUUGAUUGAGUUACUUAAGAAGGGAGGACCUGAGUUUGUGAUUAAAACAAACCAACAAAGCCUCAGACAUCUGUUGGAACAGAAAGCAGUCUCAUCAGUUCAACAAAGAUGGGCAGCUAAGUUGAUUGGCCUCAACUAUCGUAUUGAAUACAAACCAGGCGUGGAAAAUAGAGUGGCGGAUGCUUUAUCAAGGAGACAUGUACCUGAGGAGCUGAAUCAAAUCACUCUUACAGCCCCUUUGAACAUGGAUAAGGAGGAACUGUUGAAAGAAGUAAAGGCAGAUACAGAACUGGGACCGAUUUUGGCAGCGUUGGAAGGUAAAUUUGUAGUGCAUCCAGGGUAUACUUUGGAGAGAGGAAUGCUUUACAGAAAUGGAUGCUUGGUAGUGCCAACCGGAUCUCCCUUCAUACCAAAAUUGCUGGAACAGUUCCAUGCUAGCACCAUAGGAGGUCAUGAAGGAGCCUUGCAAACAUUUAAGAGGUUAACUUAA